AUGGCGGCGGGCGCCACUGGGGAUGUGGAUGCCACCGAGCAGCUCGACGGGCCAUCUGGCACGGCCAAUGGCCAUAACAAGGGGAAACGGCAAAACCGGAAGAAGUGGAGAGCCCUUGCCACGCGCGCAAGGCCGCGAAAGCUACUCGAUCGCCUGCAGUCUACCAAGACGACGAUCUUGCGCAGGAAGACCCUGUGGGGGAGCCCCGCGGAAGAGGCGCAGGGUCACUCCGGAGAAGAAGCACCAGCUGCAGACGCUUUCACGACCGAUCGCACGCCGCCUGUCGCCGGUGCUCUGACGGAAGGAGCACUGCGCUUUGCUCCCAUCCCGGAGCAGUGCAGGAAGGGGCGUCCGGGGUUCCAGGCAAACCGGCAUGCAUGGGCGGCGCAAGAGAAGAGACGCUUACACAAGCUGAGCAUCAACGUUGUCCGAGUGUUCAUCAGAGAUGAUGGGAUGGUCGAGUCCUGUGCCAGUGAUGUCGGAUACCCUGCUACCACCAGUCACAGAAAGCGAUCCAUCUGCACAAAAUAUCAGGGAGGAAGCCCUGAGAUCAUCGAACUCGACAGCUUUGAGCCCCAAGCGCCUCAUAAUGAGCCCCCGCCACCCCACAAUGAGCCCCUGCCACCUCAAAAUGAGCUCCCGCCACCUCCCAAUGAGCCCUCGCCACCGCGAGCGCACACGUCGCUGUCACCUCCCAGCGCGGAGGAACAGGAACUCCAGCGCCUGGCACUCGCCUUCCUCCAAAAGUACAUCCGCCUCUUCGACCGCAACCGCGCCGCCCUUGCGGGGCAUACUCGCACGCCGCGACGUUCUCCGUCACGACGCACGAUCCCUCGAGCCCAGCAUCUCGCCGUCGCUGCGUGA